GUCACUACUGUACAUUAUUUUGUCGUUUUGUGGCAAAUGCUAAAGGCCUUUUGGUGAACCUCUACGGCGGGCGUCCUCCCACGGCACACAUGCGUCGUCUCUUUCGGACCAGCCCACCUCUGUCUAUGACACUCAGCCAUGCUUUCCGUAACUAAAAAUUCGUUUCCUCCCUGUUGCCUGGCCCGAUCCCAAACGAGCUUCCCAUAGCCUCUGCCACGUCUCAUCAGUUGCAGAUAAGCAUGCUUUCCCAUAUCACAAUCUCAACCACAAAAUCUACAUUGGCACGCCACCCCUUCAAUUAUCUCCCAUCGGCCCAUCCCCUUACUACUUUGAUUUGCUUCUAAACAUUGCAACCUCUGCAAACCUACUCAACCACUUCGCCGCCCAUUCUUUUCUACAUCGGCAAAGAAUAAGAGGAAGGAAGGAGGAGGAGAACAAAAACCCUCCCAGCUCUCUCUCUCUCUCUCUCUGUGUAUGGAAGGAGGAGAAGAAGAAUCCGACGAAGAAAAAGAUCUCACACCUUGCUCGAGUUCAUCUUAUUCUACAAACUCAUCUAUAGAUUCCUCUUUCCCUCUAGUGAUCAUGGUUCGGAUCCGUAUCUCUCCAUCUCGAACAAGGAGUGGUUUCGACAAAGAGAAACCAGUUUGAAAAGGGUCUCUUGAGCUAUCUUUUCUGGAAAUGGCAAGCCGUUGCAGCAUUCAUGAGUGGUUGGGGAGGGAACGACAAGUAGCAGAGAAGGAUGAAGGAGGCUGGGUUGGAUGAGGAAGUAGCAAUAGUUGAGCUAGAAGAUUCUGAUAGAGGGUCUGGAAACGCUUCUGCUGCAAGGACCAACCAGCCAAUGAGAGUUCAGAUCGUUGGUUCAACACCCACAUCUAUGUGCGCCCAUUCAGAUGUUUCAAUAUUUAGUGAUCUAACAAAAUUGCUUCUAGAAGAUCUAAACAUCCAAUCAGCUAAAUACAACCUCAACCCUCAGCUAAACACGCUCUGCGGCAUAGCCGCUGUUCAAGGAUUGCCUGAGGCAAGGAGAUUAAUAGAGCAUCGAAAGGUGGAACACAUUCUGGUCUCCAGACAUGAUCAAGAAGUGGUCCAGUCGUCUUCGGAGCUCAAGCAUAUGGUUCAUGUUCUUCUGGAAUACAACAAUUAGUUAGGAAGUCAGGAAUGGAAAUCUGGAAGGACAGUUCUAAGUCACACAAUUGCACGAGGCCUGCAUCUGUAGGACGAGUUCCCUAAUAUUCUCUCAUUGUCGUCAUUGUUGGCUGUCACCACACUUGGGACCUAUGAUAUUGCUCUGGAACUGUGAAAUCAUCAUUGAUGGAUGACCUGAACUUGAUAAAAUCCAUUUGUCAGUCUAUCUUUCAUGUGUAAUAUUUGGUUAACAGUUGUGUGUAAUGCUUUGCCCAGUAACAACAGUGUUUAUGCAAUGUAGUCCUCGGUGUAAAUUUAGAAACCAAAUGAAGAGUUUACAUGGGGUUAAGUCAACUCUUUAGACUUUAUGGUUUGUAAAUCAUUAUGAUUGUGAGUUUUCUUGCAUAGCAGGGAUGUCCAAGUUCGUUAGCAAAAAAUAUGGAAC